AUAUAUUAAAGUCCCUCGCUGGAAGCCAGUUCCCCACCACCCACAAAACCGCUGGCCCUAAAAUCCCCCUCCUCUCUCUCUCUCGCUCUACACUUUCUCUCUCAAAAGCUAAAAGAAACGCCACCACCGCCAACGAAGGAGAAUCGGAAACCCUAGAAAUUACGCUGAAAUAGAGGUUUCGACGAUCCGGAAUGACGCAAUUGCCCUUCCCUGUGCUCUAGAUUCGAGUUUGUUUGGUUGAAGUGAGGGCAGAAGGAGGUCCAGAAAGCCUUUCAAUUUUUUCCGGAGGCGUCUGUUUGGUUGCCGAGACAGUUGAGUGCUUUGAUCGGUGACUCUUUGCUCUGAUCCAAUUGUCAUCAUGGUUGCCACUGCUGCUACUUCGUCAUUCUUUCCGGUUUCUUCUCCCAACUCAGGCUCUAGCGCCAAGAACGCCAAGCUUGGGUCAGCCAAUUUAGGACUCAAAUCGAAAUCUGCAUCAGGUGGUUUGCAGGUAAAGGUAAAUGCUCAAGCCCCUCCAAAGAUAAAUGGAACUAGCGUUGGUUUGGCAACUGUGGAAAGUGGGAAGCAUGGGGAUGACAUCUCAUCCCCUCCUGCACGGACUUUCAUUAACCAAUUACCUGACUGGAGUGUGCUCCUUGCUGCUAUUACCACAAUCUUCUUGGCUGCAGAGAAGCAAUGGACGAUGCUUGAUUGGAAACCCAAGCGGCCUGACAUGCUCAUUGACCCAUUUGGUCUAGGACGAAUUGUUCAGGAUGGUCUUGUCUUUCGCCAGAACUUCUCAAUUAGAUCAUAUGAAAUAGGUGCUGAUCGUACGGCUUCAAUAGAGACGUUAAUGAAUCAUUUACAGGAAACAGCACUUAAUCAUGUUAAGACUGCUGGGCUUCUGGGAGAUGGCUUUGGUUCAACUCCAGAGAUGACUGUAAGAAACCUGAUAUGGGUGGUAACGAAAAUGCAGGUUGUGGUAGACCGCUAUCCUACUUGGGGUGACAUUGUUCAAGUUGACACUUGGGUUAGUGCCUCUGGGAAGAAUGGAAUGCGUCGUGAUUGGAUAAUCCAGGAUUUGAAAACUGGCCAAAUUCUAACAAAAGCCUCCAGUGUGUGGGUGAUGAUGAAUAAAGUGACGAGGAGAUUAUCAAAGAUGCCUGAUGAAGUUCGAGGUGAAAUAGAGUCUUUUUUUAUGAAUUCUCCUCCUAUUGUGGAGGAAGAUGGCAGGAAACUGCCAAAACUUGACGACAAAACAGCGGACUUUGUUCACUCUGGUUUAACUCCAAGGUGGAGUGAUUUAGAUGUCAAUCAGCACGUUAAUAACGUGAAGUACAUUGGCUGGAUCCUCGAGAGUGCUCCCUUACCAAUUCUGGAGAGUCAUGAGCUCUCUUCUUUGACUCUGGAGUAUAGGAGGGAGUGUGGGAGGGACAGUGUGCUUCAGUCGCUGACUGCAGUCUCAGGUGCUGAUAUCGGCAACCUGGGAAGUAAUGGCGGGGUGGAGUGCCAGCACAUGCUUCGACUCGAGGAGGGGGCCGAGAUUGUGAGGGGAAGGACUGAGUGGAAGCCCAAAUACGCCAACAAUCUUGGGAUUGUGGGUCAUCUUCCAGGGGAAAGCGCAUAGCAAAACAUUGGGUUCGUUGUGGCUGGGACUACAUCAGUCCCUUCGGCCUGUGCCCAUUGCUUGUGUAGAAACAUGCUCAUGUUUCUCGGAUUUAUAUAUGUUUCUUCAUCCUAUAUAUAUUCCCUCCCAUCUGUCAUCUUUGGAAAAAGGAUAAAAAUGUAGUCCCUUUGUAAUUAGCCCUUGUGUACUCUUCUCUCUUUUGCUCUCUCUCUCUCUCUCUCUCUCUCUCUCUCUCUCUCUCCCCGCCCUAAUAGUCUCUCUCGUCAUGCUUUGCCCGGCCAUGGUGGUUUUUGCCUGUAAUUUAUUGAUUUGUGCCACUCGGAAACUUUCGCUGUGUGGGAGACUGACACCAGGUUAAUUGCCUUGGUUAAACAGGGCAAAAGACAAGAAGACUAUAUUUUUGUCACUUUUCUGGUUAGAUAUGGCAAAAUUUAUUCAUUGGUUCA